GCGCCUUCUGUCUGUGGUAGAAAGAAACAUUUAUUCUUUGGUAAAAACAGUGUGAAUUUUGUAAUUUGUGUGCUGCUGAAUUGGAAUAAUUUUUUGAGUAAAAAUGGUGUUCUACUUUAAAAGCAAUGUUGUUGAUCCUCCAGCUGUAUUGUAUAUGGGACGAGAUAAAUAUGAAAAUGAAGACUUGAUCAAAUGGGGUUGGCCGGAAGACGUUUGGUUCCAUGUACAUAAUUAUUCAUCCGCUCAUGUUUAUCUACGUUUGGAAAAGGGUCAGACCAUCGAUGAUAUACCCACCGAAAUUAUAGAAGACGCCGUUCAGUUGGUUAAGGCGAACAGUAUUCAGGGAAACAAGUUAAAUAACAUAGACGUCGUUUAUACAAUGUGGGAGAAUUUGAAAAAAACUCCUGACAUGGAGGCUGGUCAAGUGGCCUACCACAACGAGAAAGCUGUUAAGAAAGUACGCGUGGAAAAGCGACGCAACGAUAUAGUAAACCGACUAAAUAGAACCAAAACAGAGGAAUACCCUGAUCUUAGACAAGAACGUGAAAAGCGUGAUUCUUUAGAAAGACAGGCUGAAAAGGCUCAACAACGUUCGCAAAGAGAAAUUGAAAAGGAACUUGAAAGACAAAGAGAACAAGAGCGUGAGCUUCGAAGUUACACAUCGCUACUUAAAGCUGAAAAUAUGACCACCAAUUAUGACAAUGGUAACGAUUCCGAUGAUUUUAUGUAAAUAUAUACAUAUGUAAUAAUAUUUUGUGUUAUUUUUUAUAUUAUCCCGAAUAAUAAAUGAAUUCCUUUUUCUGUUUUUGAUUACUAGA